AUGGUUGCCUUCUACAGCGUGACUCUUGGCCUCUUGGCUGCUGCCCGUGCCCUAGCGGGUCCCACGGCGGAGACUGCCGAGGUGCUCCCUGCCCACGUGGAGCGGCGUGGUCCUCACAAUUUCGUCCUUGGCCCAGACCACCCCCUGAUGCUCGCGCGACGCAAUGUCUCAGCCCUCGAAGGCCGUAGUACCAACUAUGUGCAAGAUUAUAUCACGGGCGGCACCGUCGACUUCACCCAUUCCAGCGGGGAGUUCUCUCUCUCCUUUGACACCACCGAGGAUUUCGUCGUAGGCGUUGGCUGGAGCCCCGGCAGCACCUCUCCCAUUACUUAUAGCGGCUCUUUCAGUGUCACUAAAGGCUUGGGCACCUUGUCCGUCUACGGAUGGACUGAGAAUCCGCUUGUAGAGUAUUAUGUCAUCGAGGACUCGAGCGGCUUCACGCAGACCGGCACCCAGAAGGGCACCGUCACCACCGACAGUGGGACCUACGAGAUCUGGGAGAACCAGCGCGUCAACGAGCCGUCCAUCGUGGGCACCAGCACCUUUAACCAGUAUAUUUCCGUACGCCAGAGUGGACGUACCAGCGGCACUGUCACGAUCGAGAACCACUUCAACGCCUGGAAGAACGUUGGUCUCAACCUCGGCACACUAAACUUCCAGGUCAUCGCCGUGGAAAGCUGGAACGGUGCUGGCUCUGCUAAGCAGUCCGUCUCAAACUGA